GAGCCAAGCCAGGGCCGGAGAGUGGGACCUGCCUGGCUGAGUGGGGAGAGCGACGCUCGGAGCUUUCUCGGGGACGAAGCAGGUAGCCGGCGCCGAGGCGGCUCUUUGGCUGCCCGCUUUUUCCUUUCAGUCCAGGCUGCCUCGGAGUCGCGGGUCACUUCUUGGGCUCUAAUAAUUUUUAAAAUGGGCCGCAUCUUCUUGGAUCAUAUUGGUGGUACUCGCCUAUUCUCCUGUGCAAAUUGUGACACAAUUUUGACCAACCGCUCAGAGCUUAUAUCUACCCGUUUUACAGGAGCUACAGGACGAGCCUUUUUAUUUAACAAGGUAGUAAAUCUGCAGUACAGUGAAGUUCAAGACCGAGUUAUGCUCACUGGCCGUCAUAUGGUUCGUGAUGUUAGCUGCAAGAACUGCAACAGCAAACUUGGCUGGAUAUAUGAAUUUGCUACUGAAGACAGCCAGCGCUACAAGGAAGGCCGUGUUAUCCUGGAAAGAGCUUUAGUCCGAGAAAGCGAGGGUUUUGAAGAGCAUGUUCCGUCUGAUAACUCCUGAAUGGAAAUCUCUUCAUCUUCAGGCUUUCUUUGUUGAAACUUAAAAAAAGAAAAAUCAACAAAAAAAACCAACCCUUACUUACAUACGCUGUUACCUUAGCAUCUGCGUUGGAUUCAUGAACUUACAAAGAGAGGGAAAGAGGG